GCUGCCUGCUGCAGCUCGUGAGCUUCUGUUGAGCUUACGCUUGUUGUUCCUGCUGCAGCUCGUGCUGCCAUUUCCAGACAGUCAUCUCACACUAGCCGUUCGCGAUCACCAGCGCGUGCUUGACCGUGCGGCGAACACAGAUCCCCGCCGCUUUGGGUCCCUUCAACAAACGCGACCAUAAAAAGGACGGACACUGUCAUCCAGCGAUACCCACCGUAGACCGUCUCUGUCUCCCGGAGUAGCCGGGGAGAGGGGGUCCAGCGCCAGCCGCAGCAUGAGCAUGGACCCCCUGGCCAAGCCCUGCCCGUCCCAGGCGGAGCACAACCCCGGGACCUUCAGCGGCCGGCUGACGGCGUUGGAAGCUGCCGGGGAGGACAGCGAGUCCGGCUGCGGCGAAGAGGAGGCCAUGGGGGGCAGCGAUACGUUCAGUAGCCUCGUCGAGAUGGAGGUGGAGACGCUGGAGGAGAAAUUAAAGGGUCUGGCUUUUAGGAAACAGACUUCGUAUCGGAAAGCCAUCUCGCGGUCGGGUCUCCAGCACUUGGCCCCGGUCCACAAACCCAUGGCCCCCGUCACUAACGGACCUUCCAAGGAGAUACGCACGUCCGUUGACUGGACAGAGACUGCUGUGAACGGAGACCACCUGUGGCUGGAGACCAGUUGUUCUGGAGAGCUGUGCUACCUGGGAGAAGACACCUGUGUACUGAAGACUGCAAAGUCUGCCCCCAGGAGGAAGUGUGGAGCAUGUAAGAUCGUAGUCCACACCGCCUGCAUCGAGCAGCUCGACAAGAUUAACUUCCGCUGUAAACCAACGUUUAGAGAAGGAGGCUCUCGCUGCCUCAGAGAUAAUAUGUUGAGGCACCACUGGGUGCACCGGCGCCGCCAAGAGGGGAAAUGCAGACAGUGUGGGAAGAGCUUCCAGCAGAAGUUCUUCCACAGUAAAGAGAUUGUGGCCAUCAGCUGCUCCUGGUGCAAACAAGCUUUCCAUAACAAGGUGACGUGUUUCCAGCUACAUCAGAUUGAGGAGCCCUGUUCUCUGGGGGCUCACGCCGGGGUCAUCGUCCCCCCCUCCUGGAUCAUCAAAGUCAGGAAGCCACAGAGCUCGUUCAAAAACUCUACUAGGAGGAAAAAACGCACAUCAUUCAAAAGAAGGACCAGUAAGAGAGGAACUGACGAGUCAAAGUGGCGUCCGUUCAUGCUGAAGCCCCUUCCCUCCCCUCUGAUGAAACCUAUUCUAGUCUUUGUCAACCCCAAGAGUGGAGGCAACCAGGGUACUAAGGUGUUACAGAUGUUUAUGUGGAUCCUGAACCCUCGCCAGGUGUUUGAUCUCUCCCAGGGAGGGCUCAGAGAGGCGUUGGAGUUGUACAGGAAAGUGCCAAACCUGCGUAUCCUGGCCUGUGGUGGAGACGGGACGGUGGGGUGGAUCCUGUCUGCUCUGGAUGAAUUAGGAAUGGCCCCCCAUCCACCUGUAGCUGUACUUCCUCUGGGGACAGGAAAUGACCUCGCCAGGACCCUCAACUGGGGAGGGGGUUAUACAGACGAGCCGGUGUCCAAGGUACUGUGUCAGGUGGAGGACGGCUCUGUGGUGCAGCUAGACAGAUGGAACCUUCAGGUGGAGAGAAGCCCCGCCCAGCCGGAGGAGGGCACACAGAAGCUCCCACUGAAUGUGUUCAACAACUACUUCAGCCUGGGCUUCGAUGCCAACGUCACACUGGAGUUCCACGAAUCCAGAGAAGCCAACCCUGAGAAAUUCAACAGCCGCUUCCGCAACAAGAUGUUCUAUGCAGGGGCUGCAUUCUCUGACUUCCUCCAGAGGAGCUCCAGGGAUUUGUCUAAACACGUCAGAGUGGUGUGUGACGGGACGGAUCUCACUCCUAAGAUCCAGGAGCAGAAGUUCCAGUGCAUCGUCUUCUUAAACAUCCCCAGGUACUGUGCAGGCACCAUGCCAUGGGGGAACACAGGAGACCACCGGGACUUUGAGCCUCAGCGCCAUGACGAUGGCUGUAUUGAAGUCAUCGGCUUCACCAUGUCCUCCCUUGCGGCACUGCAGGUAGGAGGUCAUGGUGAGAGGCUGCACCAGUGUAGAGAGGUGACUCUGACCACCUUUAAGACCAUCGCUGUACAGGUGGAUGGAGAGCCGUGUCGCUUGGCCCCCUCAACCCUCCGGAUCUCCCUACGCAACCAGGCCAACAUGGUACAGAAGAGCAAGAGACGCACCUCAGUACCCCUGCUCAAUGAUAUUCAGAACGUGUGUGCAGCCGACCUGCGCCGCCUCUCUGCUCCCCCUGACUCCUUCUCUGUCCCCCAUGCUGUCCCCGAGCGCCUCCGCCUCAGAGUCCACCGUAUCAGCCUGCAGGACCACGACAGACUGCAGUUCGACAAGGAACGACUCCGAGAGAUCUCGAUCGCUGUGGGGAUUGUGGUGGUGAGAGGCGACUGUGACCUGGAGACCUGCAGACUCUACAUAGACAGGCUACAGGAGGAUCUUCAUCAGGCUCCAUCUGCUGGCCACCGAGUGCAUUACCAGGAUGAGUGUCGAGGUCUACCGCGACCUGGCUCCGCCCACAGGCUGUCCCCCAACUGGAGCUUCCUGGACUCUACGUCUGCGGACCGUUUCUACCGUAUAGACAAGGCCCAGGAGCACCUGCACUAUGUGACAGAAAUCUGCCAGGAAGAGGUGUUUAUCCUGGACCACGAUGGACUAGCGGGGGGACAGGCCACAGCCAUGCCUGACCUGGUGGUGGAGCCCAACUCUGGGAGCCCUCUGACGUCUGAGGAACAAGCACUGCUGACGGCUGCCUCCUCUGGGGACCUGACUACGUUGUCGGGCAGCUUCUUUCGCGGGACCAGCCUCCUGGUGAGGGAUUCUACUGGUUGUAGUGCACUACACCUGGCCUCUCAGCACGGACACACUGAAGUGGUCCGCUUCAUACUGGAGCACGGGUCAAAGGUGCUCCUGGAUUUAACCAACAGAGAAACAGGAGAUACUGCCUUGCACAAAGCGGCCUCUCGGAAGCAUCACGCUGUGUGUCGUCUUCUCAUGGACUCUGGAGCUUCCCUCAUCAAGACCAACUUCAAGGGUAAGACCCCAGUAGAGCAAGCUCGUGAUGCGGGGGACCAAGAGCUGGCCUCCUACCUGACCAGCAAACAGCUCCCUACCACUGUCUCCCACGAAGAUCUAGAGACUGCUGUAUGAGAGAGAGAGAGAGAGAGAAGAGAAGAGAGCGCGAGAGAGAGAGAGAGAAGACUUCGCAUGGAGAGAGGGGAGGACACAGAGAAGAGGAUGAGAGAUAGAGGAGAGAGGUAAGCCCCCUUCACCUCCAUAGAUUGACUGAGGGGUGGACAGACGGAUGGACAGACAGGAGCAGCCUGACGCGCUUUAGACUCCAUCAUCAGCAUUACUCUGUUCUUUCCUGCACAGGAAAAUGUUUCAUCGAAAUUAUUAUUUAUUAUUGCUUUUAUUUAUUUAUUGAUUGAUUGUAAACGUAUUUGAGUGUUGGGGUAUGGAGUUGCCUGUUCACUGAAUGCCACGGUCUGGGCUAGGUUAGGGUUCAGGGGGUUAGGGGUCAGGGAUCAGAGGUGAGGGUUCGCAGACACACAGACCCUCUCUCAGUGCGGCCCUGCAGCCUUACAUACUGUACCAACGCGGUCAACCACGGUUAAACCGCGUACAUAGUUUCAAUGUAUGUAUUUCCCAGAAGGCCUUUGUGAAUCAUUCAGACGUGUGCCAACGACACAGAGCACUGUGAGGCAGGGACAGCACCCAGCACCCGCCAUACUACUACCACUGCUACAUUAGGAUACCACUACUGCUAUCCCAACAACACUGCUAGGCUUGUAGACAACCAAUUCUAAGCCUCCACAGCCCCCCCUGGAGGCCAGUGUGGGACUGAGAUGAGUGGACAGACAGCUAGGCAGACAACGAAAAGAGAGACGGACAGAUUCUCCAUGCAGCCCUGGGGACCCAUUACACACCCAACCUAGAGCUCUACCCGAGCAGCAUGUACAUACCUACAGACUGUGUGUGUGUGUGUGUGUGUGUGUGUGUGUGUGUGUGUGUGUGUGUGUGUGUG